UGGAGAGCCGCGCUGAGCAGACAAGUGCUGCCAACAAACUAGGUGCAGACUGAAACAUGGCGUUUAGGAAAGAGAAGGGGUCGGACCCCUUUUCGCAGAAGACAAACAGAUUUGAUAGGUUCGCUCAAAUGUCAAAACAAGAGGAAAUGAUACAACAGAAAAAGCGUGAAAUUCAAGCUAAGCUAGAAGCCCAAAAACGUAAGGAAGCAGAAGAUAAUAUCAAAAAACUAUCAACGACUAACCUCAACAAACCUGGAAACAAGAAACCCAUUGGAAAACCGUUAAAUGUGAGAUCUAUUGGCUCUCAACUGAAAUCGUCCACUUCAUCAACGACAGCACAGACAUCACAGCCUUCACAGUCGUCACAGUCAUCGCAGUCAUCGCAGUCCUCCUCAAGUGGUGCCUUAAAUAUAUUUUCAAAUGAUGGUUCUUUCAUGGAUCAGUUUCGAAAACUGUCUGGAAUCAAAGAAUCUAAGCAUAGUGGUCAGAAACGUGAUGACGGGAAUUUUCACCCAGAUGACUGCAACGGCCCAAGCCGUGACAGGAACGACGACCGAGAGGAUCAGAAGAGACGGGAUCGCGACAGGGACCGGAUAAGAGACAGAGAGCGAGACCGAGACAGGGACCGCGAACGGGACCGGGAUCGCAGUCGGGAGAGAGACAGAGACCGCGACAGAGACCGUGACAGAGACCGCGACCGGGGCAGAGACCGGGACCGGGACAGGGAGCGAUGUCGAGAGAGGGACAGGUCUCGCGAGCACGUGAGAGACCGCUCACACGACAGGGACUCCUUUCGAAACAGGCGGGAGGAGCGCUGGCAGAGCGUGCAAAGCGUGCCCGAGCCCGCUCGGCCUGGCUCGCCGUACUCGCCGACCAAAGUGGAGCAGUACUCCCCCGUCUUCUCGCCCCUGUACCCGCCCCCCAACCUCAGUCUGCCCCCGCCUCAGCCCUUCGUGUCUUACCCCGGAACGGUGUCCGUGCCCUCGGUGCCACCGCCCCAUCAGUCUCACCAGCCUCACCAGUCUCAUCAGCCUCACCAGCCUCAUCAGUCUCACCAGCCUCAUCAGUCUCACCAGCCUCACCAGGCGCCACAGGCAGGACCUGGCCCCGCUCCCUGCCCCACCUCCCUUCCAUCCCUGCCCCCGCCCACCUCCAUGGCCCUGCAGAUGAUCCCGCCCCCUUCCCCCAUCCAGCCCCACUCCAUCCCGCCCCCCUCCCCCAUGGACCCCCACCUGAUCCCUCCGCCCCCCAUGCCCCCCACGGGCAUCCCACCACCGGGCAUGCUGCAGUUCCAACCUCACGGCCCCCACAGUGUGCCCCCGCCCGUGCCGCCUCCUGGCGUCCGCCCCCCUGGAGUCCCGGGGGUGCCGCCUCCCGGCAUGCCGCCCCCGGGAGUGCCGCCGCCGGGCGUGCCUCCGCCCACUGGAGUGCCGCCUCCAGGUUCCAGUGUCCGGCCGAACAUCCCUGCCGGAGUGCCUCCUCCAUCACUGUCUCGGCCCCCUGGAAUUCACCCGGGCAUGCCUCCUGGAAUGCCUCCGGGCAUGCCGCCGGGCAUCCCCCCUCCUGGAGUCCCUCGCCCUGGAGUUCCCCACACUGGAGUUCCUCCCCCGGGGGUUCCGCCUCCGGGCGUUCCACCCCCGGGUGUUCCUCCCCCGGGUGUUCCUCCCCCGGGUGUUCCGCACCCCGGCGUUCCACCCCCGGGCGUUCCUCCUCCGGGUGUUCCUCCUCCAGGCGUCCCUCCUCCGGGCGUUCCUCCCCCUGGAGUCCCCCCGCCCGGCGUGGCGCACCCGGGCGUUCCGCCCGGCGUUCCCCCUCCCAUGGCGCACCUGACGGGAGUUCCGCCCCCAACGGUUGUGUCAUCGUACCCCCGCCUCCCCGUCAUGCCAGUGCCGCCCCCGCACGAAGUCAAACCUGUCGGUAAGUUCGCAUCAAUGUCACCAUCUUUACCUUCCUUGCAUUCAACUGCUGCAUCUCUCAUAGUACCAGUUCCUCCUCCACUGAAUGGCGUUCUGCAUUCACUAAAGAAAGAUCAUGUGCAUGGAAACCAGAACACUGGCAGUCUGGAGGAUGAUGAUGGAGUUUUGCAGCUUGCGAAAAUGGUGUCCCAGUGUGGUGAUGAUAUAGAGGAUAUCAUUAAAGCACGGAACACAGAUGAUGCAAAAUUGUGGUUUUUGCACCAGAAAGACAGUAAUGCAUAUUUACAAUACCGCCACCUUGUUGAGACAUUCAGGAGAGAAGUGCAUCGGGGUGAAGUUAACGAUGAGACUAAUAAUUGUUCAGAAAGAGAGAGGCAUCAGAAUGUUUUAUCUUUGCAAGGUUCCCCUUGUUCUGGGAAAGAAACCAACAGUAGUACAGAGAAUGGUCAACAACUGGGUUCGUAUCCAGGAACAUCACAAGGGGAAUCUGAAAGUGCAGCUGUUGCACGCAAAAGGAAGAGGAGAAGUCGAUGGGCACCAGAAGGUGGCAAAGCUGAUGCGCCCUCAUCCGUUCCUUCCAUUCUUUCAAUUAAUGUGCCACCGCCAGGUUACCAAGGAAUAGCAGCUCCUGUCCAGCAAGGGCAAGGGGCUACUCCUACGCUAAGUAGAGUAAAUAGAACUGACCCAGGUCUUCUUCGGUAUGCUAUCCAAACAUUUGGAACAACAAACCUAUCAGAAGAAGACUGGAAAAAGGCUGAAGAUCACUACAAGAUAAACCUCUUGUAUCAAGACUUAUUGAGAAAGAGAGAAGAAAUUAAGAAAUUGGAAUCAAAAGGAAAGCACAAGUAUGAAUACGAUAGUGAUGAAGAGUGUGAUGGAGGGACAUGGGAACACAAACUAAGGUCAGCUGAAAUGGAGGCAACAGAACGAUGGGCCGAGGAGCUUACCAGGCAAUCUCAAGGCAAGCAUCAUAUAGGUGACUUCCUACCACCUGAAGAACUUACUAAAUUUAUGGAGAAGUAUUCUGCAUUAAGAGAAGAUCGCGAACCUGAUCUGUCUGAUUAUAAGGAGUUCAAAUUAAAAGAAGAUAAUAUAGGAUUUCAGAUGCUUCAGAAAUUAGGAUGGUCUGAAGGUCAGGGCUUAGGCUCAGAUGGUUCAGGAAUUGUUGACCCUAUAGGAAGAGCAAACCAGAGAAGCGAAAACCAGGGACUUGGGGUAGAUCGCCCUGAUGAAGUGUGUAAAGAUGAUGAUGAGUUUGAGGCAUAUCGUAAGAGAAUGAUGCUGGCCUAUCGGUUUAGACCUAAUCCCUUGAAUAAUCCUCGUCGUCCAUACUAUUAAACUGUUUUUGUGGAAGAUAUUUUUUUACUCAAAAGCAACAUUUUUAGAAAUAGUGAGUGAUAAGAAGUGUUGACUUUCUUUUCUCUUCCACCGUUUUUCAAUUUUUCAUUUUAUCAACAAUACUGAUUGCCCAUCUUUUCUAUUUUAUCAUAAUUUUUCUAUGUGUAUUUUCCUACAAGAACUUGUCAUCAUCUGCAGCUAUUUCUAUAAAUUCUUAUAGAUGUUUGGAGUUACUGGAGUUUUCAAAGGAAAUCAUUUAAUUUUAUUGUAAAAUUCACUCUUUUCAUCGUAAGGAAUUGUUACUAGGUGAAAAAUCUGAGAAUCUUGCAAAUUACUUCAUGUAUUAUUGAACAUUAUGAACCUAUGAACCACUUUAAUGUUGUAUUUAGUUUGAGGUUUUGCAGAGCCCUGCAAAGUACAUGUGCCAUUUUCUUCAAUGUCUCUAUAGGCCAAAGGAAUAAUGUGUUUUUUUGUUUGUUUUUGUUUUUUUGAGAAGCGCUCAUGGUGGGCCAUUAGUCAUCAAUUCAUAUCUGAAAUUUCCAGGAAGAACUAAUUUGAUGGAGGGAAGCAUUUAGCUCUAUUGAGUCUGGAAUGUUGGAUGUUCUCAUUCUGUACAGAUUGUUCAAACACUGGUUCUGCAGUGAUUUGUAUUUAUUGUUGUGUAUCAUAUUUUAUGUUUUAUAGAUGGUUAUAUAUAUGUAUGUAUGUAUAUUUGUAUGCGUGUGUGUGUGAGUGUGUGUGUGAGUGUGCUGUCUGUGUAUUUGUUUGCUUACUCGUUAUGUAAGCGUUGUUGAAUCAUCUGUGAAAGAAUUUUCGUGACUGCCUCAAGCUGAACAUUUCCUCUGCACAUGAGAACGAUUGUUAAUCUGACGCAAAAAAAAAAAUAGCUAAUAAAAUGACGCACUUUGAAUACAA